AUGUCAUCUACCGCUGCUACCUCGGCCUCUCCGCCACCCAAGAGGCAGAGGGUUGAAUCUCCUCGUGCUUCAACUGCUCCUACAGCCGCCGCCUCUUCUUUCUCUGUCGCCUCAACAUCUGCUCAACCACAGAAUGGCAUCAAUGGCGCCAACGGAGCUUCAGCCAACCAGCCGAAUAGCCGUCCUCAGCGUCCUCUCGACCCCAAGCACUUUGCAAAGAAGGUCAAAGCAAAAGAGAAGGCUCGCCAGGCCACCCUCUGCAAAACGGGUGAAGAACCCAUUUGGUUUGACAUCCUCGCAGUGCUAGGCAGGGAAAAGGUGGACGAGAUCAUGUCCAACAACGGCCAGGGAUCAGGAGAAUGGCAAGACAAGUUCCAACGCGACACCAUCUUUGAGUCACGAGUGCUGCGCCUGUCCGCAAAGGGCGAGGGAGUCAUGGUUGCCCCUUCUGGUGACUGGGUGCUCACUGUCCCGCAUGUGCUGCCGGGCGAGCUUGUGAGGGUGAGGGUGGAUCGCAAUGAGAGACUGCACUCCAAGUGCGAUCUGGUGGAGGUACUAGAAAAGAGCGACGAUAGAAGAGACGAUCUUGUGGGGUGCAAGUACUUUGGAGAUUGUGCGGGAUGCCAAUAUCAGAUGCUCACCUACGAGAAACAGCUGUCCAUCAAACAGGACGUGGUCACCCACGCCUUCGCGCACUACUCUGGGCUCGACCCUUCCCUCCUCCCCUCCACCCUCCCAACACUUCCCUCCCCAAUGCAAUACGGGUACCGCACCAAGCUCACCCCUCACUUCGAGAUUCCACGCUCCCUCACCGACUUUCGGCGUAAGAACACCCAUGGCGGUGGUAAGGGUAACUUUCGCCGAGGCAAAGGCAAGGGGCAGGCGCGUGAGCAGAUGAAGGGAGUGCUGGACAAGGUGGAUCCGGAGGAGUUGGAGGAGCUCAGCAGGCAGUGGGCCGAUGAUGUCAGCAUCGGCUUCGAUACCAUCAAGGGUGGAGGGAAGAGCGGCAUUUUGGAUAUUGAAGAGUGUCCCCUUGCGACUCCGGCUCUGCAGGAGGCUUUGCCUGUCGAAAAGAGGAAGGUCAAGAACUCCAUCAACUCCUUCCCGAACGGCGCCACCCUCCUUCUUCGCGACUCUCUCACCGCAUCUGCGUUUGGCAUCAGCGAAGAUGACCGCGCGAAGGACCCUGUCUCGACGCGUGAUGGCGGUCCCACUCCAGCACUGGUAGGCGACUCAGAAGUCGUCACCUCAUACCGUGCGGUAGUCCGGGAGAAAGUACAAGAUGUCCGCUUCGAGACGCCUUCGGGGUCUUUCUUCCAGAAUAACCGCUCAGUCCUCCCCGGGCUCAUCGAGUACGUACGUGAGGCCAUUCUCUCCGCUCGCUCCACUACUGGCGAGGGACAGGAUCAAGAACACUAUCUCGUCGACACGUACUGCGGCUCAGGCCUCUUUGCACUGCUUCUAGCCCCACUCUUCAAGGAGGUCGCUGGAGUGGAAAUCACAGCGGAGUCAAUCGACUUCGCGCGCAGGAACGCAACGCUCAACAGCAUCCCCAACGUGCGUUUCCUAGCGGGCAAUGCCGAGGACAUCUUCGGGACCAUCUCCUACCCUCCCGCUCGCACAACUGUCGUCAUCGAUCCCCCACGACGCGGGUGUGACGAGGCGUUUGUGAAGCAACUGGUAAAUUUGGGACCGGAACAAAUCGUGUACGUGAGCUGUAAUGUUCAUACGCAGGCGAGGGACGUUGGGCAGAUUGUGAGAGGAAGUGAAGGGGGGUACGAGGUGGUUAGUGUAAGAGGGGCGGACCUCUUCCCUCAAACAUACCACGUCGAGGGAGUAUGCGUGCUGAGGAGGAAAAGGAGUAAUGAGGGCGAGGAGGUGAAGAAGGAGGAAGAGGCCAAGCUUACGACGAUCUAG